AUGGGCCGAUACUUUAUCGCCGGGAGCUGGAACGACUGGCGCCCUGAAGAAAUGAUGCUCGAGGAUGAAGCGGUUGGGCGCUUCACAAUCAAGGCCUCCCUGCCCAAGGGCAAGCAGCGUUUCCAAAUCCUGCGAAACCGGGACUGGCGCCAGCUGAUCUAUCCUGAGACGCGCUACGCGGAUUGCGAGGAUGACGUGCCAGUGAAGGGACCUGAUGCAUCCGGCUACGACAGCUACUGGAGCAUCGAGGUCAUGGCGUCACGGAAUGUGUUCUUCAUAGAUCUCGAGCUGUGGCCAGAGGCAGCCUUGGCAGCGCGCGAGGACGAGCGGAAAGCACGACCAGCCGUGAGCAAGAUGAAGGUGUCCUGGCGCAGUGUAGGCAGGCAAGAGCUAUCCCAGCAGGAGCUCUUCGAGAAUGCGCGGCCGAGCUUCUUCCUCGUGGGUAGCUGGGACUGUUGGCUGCGGCGGACAAAGAUGCGCUUCGAUGGUCUGCGCCAAAGCUAUGUGGGGCGUGCACCCCGUGCGCUGCGAGGCGGCGACUUGUUCCAGAUCUUGUCGAAUGGGGACUGGAACAGCAUCCUUCACCCAAGCGUGCAUGAGGCGGGCCUGGAGAACACCGCCGCCAGCAGAGGUGCGGGCACGCGGGCCUACCCGGCCUGGCGCAUGGACAAGGACGAGGUCGUCGAGGAGGAGACCUCGGCGCGCCGCAGAGCCUCCGAUCGCUUUGAGGUGGUCCUGAACAUCCGCUCGACCCCCUGGAGAGUCUCGUGGCAAAAGAGCUCCUCCGAUGAGCUCGAUGACAGCAGUGACGAGGACUUGGAUCCCGAGCUGUACGGCCCUCCAGGGGCAGACGGGCU